AAAAGAUAGAGAUAACACAAUAAUGAAGCAAAAAAUCUCGAAAAGAAAAAGGCAAAUAGAAAACGACAUGCGUUGAAUCAUAACGAUUCAUAAAUGAACGACAAGAGGAAAAACAAUAGAGUGGUUAAUUUGAAUUGAAUUGAAUAGAUCCACCGUUAAUUCAUCUCUCUCUUCGUAACCUGAGUCGAAAAUCAACGGAUCAAAAUUCAGAAUGGGAAUUCUCUACGCACUGGUGGCGCGUGGAACGGUGGUUCUGGCAGAGUUCACCGGAACCACCACAAACGCAAGCGCAAUCGCGAGACAGAUUCUCGAGAAGAUUCCCGGAGACAACGAUACUCAUAUAUCGUAUUCUCAAGAUCGUUACAUCUUUCACGUUAAACGGACCGACGGACUUACCGUUCUUUGUAUGGCGGAUGAGAACGCCGGAAGGAGAAUUCCGUUUGCGUUUCUUGAGGAGAUUCAUCAGAAGUUUGUUAGGACUUAUGGACGCGCGGUUCUUAGUGCGCAAGCUUAUGGAAUGAAUGAUGAGUUUUCUAGGGUUUUGAGUCAGCAAAUGGAGUAUUUCUCUAGUGAUCCUAAUGCGGAUAGGAUUAAUCGGCUCAAAGGUGAAAUGUCUCAGGUACGAAAUGUCAUGAUAGAAAAUAUUGACAAGGUUUUGGAUAGAGGUGAUAGAUUGGAAUUGCUGGUGGAUAAAGCAGCUAAUAUGCAAGGAAACACAUUUCGCUUCAGGAAGCAAGCUCGCCGUUUUAGAAGCAAUGUGUGGUGGAGGAAUGUCAAACUCACGAUUGCUCUUAUACUCGUCCUACUUUUGAUAGCCUAUGGUGUGUUGGCUUUUGUUUGCCAUGGGCCUGCGCUACCGUCUUGCUUCUAGGGCUGGAAUGCGAGUGCUAUGUGUGCUUUGACGUCGUCUUUGGGUUGCAGAUGUCACUUCUAUUAAUUUUUAGUUGCUGGGCUGUCAACAUGUGUGCUAGCAAAAGCCUUGCUGCAUAUUCCCUGGUGUUUUGGGUUGUAUUUUUCAUUAAAGAGGUUUGAGGAAAAAAUAUUGUAAAUCAUGUCUUUUAUGUAUUUUCAUAUCACCCAAAAAAUUGGAGUGAACUGGAACAUGAUUGGGUUAUUAUAAAGUGGUGUUCCCUUCUCUUUUUGUUCAAGAGACUAAAGGGUAAACUUUUGAAUUCGUGUAUCCCUUUAUUGCUCAAUGAAGGGCAUUUUUAAAAUUUUCAUUGCCCCAUUGCUAUAUAUAUAUAAUUACUAUUAUGUGCGAA